AUGACGGAUAAGUCACGAGAAUCCCUUGACCCUGCAGCUCGGCCUCCAGCACAAGACCACCGACCAAGAAACAAGUCAGACGAGCAGGACUCUGGUAGAGUACGCCGUCAUGAAACACCAAUUGGGGGCGACGGUGUUCACGAUACCGAAGAAGACGCCGCACAUUCUGUAACAAGUGACGUCACCCCGUCGGAACUUGACAUGCGGGUACCGAGUCAUUGGGGAAUUGUUAAACCGGCUUCAGCAAAUGUUGUGCGGAAUAUCGUGAGAGGCUCGCUCAUCACUGCACCGGUGAUACAGUUCGGAAAAGAUCGAGACGGAAGACGGAAGCGGGACCGCGGUUUCUACAAGAGCCCACUCGGCAUGAUUCUUAUCAAGAGAUACCCCUUGGUAGUCUAUGAUGUCGACCUUGAUGAAAGGCACUUGCCGAAGAGAUUGCACUGUAUGCAACGUCACACCUAUGGGGGAAGUGGGUUGUGGCGAGGGGCCCGCUUACGAGAGGACCAUCACCUCCAUGUCAAGCUUGUACCGCCCGGUCGUGACAAGAAUGAUAGAGGUGAUGCACCAAAUGAGCCUCUCAUCAUUGAAAGAAUGUAUAACAGCAAGAGAAUAUCGGAGAACUCAUACCUCGAGUUCAGGAGCAUAUUAACCGUGGAAUUGGAUGAAUAUGUCGUGCUGGACGGACACUUGGAAAUGGACAGUUGGGUUCGCUUGUUUAGGCUGUAUAUGUCCACUGUAUCGAGAACUGCAACUCAGCAGCUACAAAAGACUCCAGUGUUUAGAAGACAGAUCAGGGAUGUCUUUAAUGAUCUUACCAGAGGCCUAGACGAGAAGGAACGGAGGGCGGCCGGUACUGUAUCGACAGAUCUAAUUCAACGCGCCACUAGCAACAACGCCACACUUCAAAGCCAGCAGUUUCUCGGUGAGCGUGGGGACGAGAUAAUACCUACGACCAGAGUUACCCAAAAUCAUCAUCUAAAGACCCGCGAGGGUAACGUCAUUAGCAACAACCGGCAAGACACGGAAGUGCGACAUCCACGAGAGCGCUCAGCGGAGGAGACACGACGUCGACGUAGUAGAUCUCCACAUGAAGUAGAUCCGGAGCGAUAUCGUGAACGGGAUGAUCUGCCUGAGCACCCUUCGCAACCACCUUAUAGUCGGCCCCGGGAACGUGCUAGACGCGAAGAACGAAGAUGGCGAAGUACUUACGAGGAUGACAGUCGUACUACCGUGCGCGAGUCGUGGCCUUCACAUCGGAUUCUUCGAUCUGACAAUGAUCUUACGAGCAACCGCCAAUAUGACCGGCGAGGCGGAAGGGGCCAAGGCCGUGGUGACGAUAUGAACGUGCGCCAACGCGGCAGGAGCGCAGAUAGAGGCGACGGACGUAGAUAA